ACGACCGAUGAAAUGAGGGAGGCCUGUCGGAAAGAACUCUUAGCUACGGGGCUUGCGACAUUCGUCAACACUCGAGUCAAGACGAUCGAGAAGAUCAGUGAUGGUCAGUUUGAAGUCGUCGACCACGCCGAUAAGCACUGGGUUGGCAAAAAGGUGUUGCUUUCGUAUGGCGCACGGGAGGUGUUCCCGGAUUUGCCCGGAUACCUUGACCUGUAUACUCGCCGCAUAUUUCCGUGCAUGUUCCAGUUCGGAUAUGAGCUUCGCGGCUCACCAUCUGGGGGACUGCUGGCUAUCGACGGGCUGGCAAAUCUGCAGCACGCAGCCUUACUCACUCUCGAUGGACACAGAUUUGCAGACAAGAUGACGAUCUAUACCAAUGGGGAUCAGAUAUUGUUUGAAAGUCUCCGCAACCGGUUUCUGGGCACUACAUCUAUUCACCUGGACGAUCGGAAGAUCACGCAUGUCGGUCAGGACACGGAGACAUCACAGGUUGUCAUAAACUUUGAGGUCGGGGCUAAGUGUUUGGAGUCUUUCCUUAUCCACCGCCCGAAAAUAACAAUCGACCAAAACCUACCAUCCCAGCUAAAAAUUAAACCGUCCGAGUCGGGAGGGAUUCAAGUGGCGCCGCCGUUCUACGGCACCAACGUCCGCGGGGUUUACGCUGCUGGUGACUGCGCUUCCCCCAUGAAGACGAUUACCAACGCAAUGACUAUGGGGUCCUACGCUGCGUGUGGAUUGUCGCGAGAGUUGCAGACUGACAAAUAUUAACACAUCUCUUUAUAAAUAAUUAAAUAAAUAAAUUAAUAUUUUUAUUUAAAAGGAAAUAUAUAAGGUUAGUUACUAUUAAAUAUAUUUAUAGGAAUUAUCCUUAAGGGGAUACUUUUUAAAGGAAUAUAUUAAAUAUAAGGGAUUAUAUUUUAAGCCAGGAUAUUGGAUAAACGGGGACCUUAGGGUAAACCCACGUUAGGAAGACAAGGGCCCUUGUAAAAUCUCUGCGUAGCAAGACACGUUAC